UUAAAAUAUAAUUUUCUUCCUUCUUAAGUUGGUAGGUAUGAAAAUAGUUUAGGUAUUAUAAUUUCAUCUGUAAUCUCCAGCCCAGUUUAAAGAGCCGCAGUUGCUAAACUCAGUCAACCAUGGACCUUUGUUUGUCCCCUGAGAAGCAAGAAAAUCGGAGGAUAUGCAGAGAAAUAAACAAACAACUCAAAAUGGAUAAAAAAAAACUCAAACGGGAGGUGAAACUGUUGUUUUUAGGCACUGGUGAAAGUGGGAAGACCACCUUUAUCAAACAGAUGAGGAUCAUCCAUGGUAAAGGAUACAGUGAAUCGGAGAGAAAUGAUUUCACCAGUCUGGUGUAUCAGAAUAUCAUUACAGCCAUCCAGGCACUGAUUCAAGCCAUGAGUAUUCUGAAGAUGGACUAUCAGGACAACCAAAAUAUUAGCUAUGCUGAAAAAUUGUACUUCAUGGAUUCAGUCAAGGUGCAGACUUUGGAGAGCUGGCAGGUGGAUGCCAUUAGGAGAGUAUGGAAUGACCUAGGGGUGCAAAAGUGUUACGACAGGAGAAGGGAGUUCCAGCUGUCAGACUCUGCAAAAUAUUUUUUGAGUGACAUCGACAGAAUCGCGGGCGCAGGAUACAUUCCAACUCUGCAGGACAUCUUGAGAGUCAGAAUUUCCACCACAAGCAUCCAAGAGUACCCGUUUGAAUUGGAAAAAGCCAUCUUCAGGAUGGUGGAUGUGGGCGGCCAGCGUACAGAGAGAAAGAAAUGGAUCCAUUGUUUUGAAAAUGUCACCUCCGUCAUUUUCCUGGCUGCACUCAGUGAAUACGAUCAAGUUCUUUUUGAGAGUAAAAAGGAUAAUCGAAUGGAGGAGAGCCUCGCCCUGUUCAGGAUGAUCAUUUCAUGCAUUUGGUUUAGGAAGUCCUCCACCAUCCUCUUUUUGAAUAAAAAAGACCUGCUAGAGGAGAAAAUCAAAACAUCACACUUGGCAACAUACUUCCAAGACUUCAAGGGACCUCAAGGCGAUGCUGAAUCAGCAAAGAUUUUCAUCCGGCAGAUGUUUAUCCAGUUUAAAAAUAAGGACAAACCCCUCUACACACACUUCACCUGUGCGACGGACACUGAGAACAUCCGGUUUGUCUUUGCAUCUGUCAAAGAUACAAUCUUAGAAGAACACUUACUCAAUCACGGACUUGCAUAAACCAGCAUGAAGAACUUGUGUGUUCACAGAUUAUCAAUAUAAUAUCACAUUAAAUGUAUUUAAAUCAGUAGAAAAUAUUGUUCUUCAAAAAAAUUUCUUUUGUAGAGCCUAGAAUAAAAUUUUGGGUUACAAUUUCGGAUUAUGGAAACCUGGGGACAGUUUCAUGUUUCAACAAUUUCAGUAAAUAUUCUUGUUUUCAGUAAAUAAACAAAACAAUUAGAUCUUUAUGCCUUUAUUAUACCUUUUCACUGUUUAAUUUUCCCUGCAUUGUUAUAUCCUGAUUUUACUUUUAUUGUAACUUUACAUUGUGUAUUACAAGAAAUUACUAUUUUUUAUAUAUUUUAUUUAGAAGAUUGUUCCGAAAUUGUUCAUUCUACUUAUCUAAGUAACACAUUUUGUCAUUACCUUGGGUUUUCACUUUCUUUCACAAAGUGAAGCAAAAAAAGCUUUUAAGUAAAGUAUGAAUGUGACAGCAAAUAUUCAUGACAAGAGCACACAGUUCCUAUUUAUAAACCAAUACUUAGAGAAAGGUUGUCUAAAGCUGGAUUAGACCCAGGACAAAGAGUCCAGGUCAAAGUCCUUAUUCAAAAAACUUCGGCAAUUUGAUCUACACUGACCAAGAGAUUUUAGUUGUUUUAUUCUAGGUCAGAAAAUGCUUCUUCUAGCUAAAUGUUAUCUUCUUUGUGAAGUUUUGUCAUAAUUCUUUGAAACUGAAUAAUAUGAAUUUUUACAUUCAACAAAGAUCCUUGUUUCUGAUAGGAAAUAUCAGAAACAAGAACCUUAUCUUUACCUCCCUCCAUAGAUUCAAGUCCAGACUGUCCUUUUCUGAAGUGAAUUUGACUUUGUUGUUUCAGCGGGAAAUCCUUGGCUACUGCUGUUUUUUUUGUUUCUUUUCCUUCACAAAUGUUUGAUCUCUUUAAUCUGUGUAAUUUGUGAUUUUUCCACUUUUUAAAAGUUCUCCCGGUAAGCAUAAACAACUACUUGGCCAUGUUUUAUAAUAAUUUAAUAUAUAUAUAUAAAUUAUAAUAUAUUCAAUAUUCACCCAGUUCUCUGUGUUAAAUGUUAUUUAAUAAAAUAAUUUGACUGCCAUAUAUUGU